CCAAUGAGGAAUUCUCACAACCACUGCAUUAGAAGUACAGCCCCAACUGCCGAUAUCCCUGAACACACAUAGAACUAAAACGCUCGACAACACGGCACGGAUAUAGAACUAGAAAUAAGACAAGAAGCGAGAUACUCGUAGUGAAUGGUGGUGUCAGUAAGGACCAAGAUGCUCACCGAUACAGAUAUUAAAGCCUACAAGGUCCUGGCUGCUUGUUGCCUUGGUAACCUAGCUUCAGGGUUCCCUGUUAACUCUUUCGGGACUGUGUUGCUCUACGUGGUGUCUUAUCUUCGAGAGGAUGGUUCAGACGUCAGAUCGAGUGGGGUCUCCUUUGUACCGAUCAUGUGUACCAUUAUCCUCUCAGUUACUAUGUUCACUGGUAGUCUCCUAGAGUAUCUUCUAGGGUAUACGUGGUCACUGAUAGGUGUAAGUGCAGUCUUUAUAGCUUCUCUGAUGCUAAACUUUGUGGCUCUUAAAAGCUUUGGAGCCAUUGUUGUCAUCUACUGUAUACUGGGGUACUGCGAAGGUGUAUUGCUGGUAACGUUCCUGUCCACUGCAAUGGAGUGGUUUCCCAAGAAACGAGGUCUAGCAGCGGGGGUAUCAGCACUGGGGAGUGGGUUCAGCGGCUUUGUCUUUGCUGCUAUCCAAUCUGCCUUCAUCAACCCCUGGAACUACGUACCAGACCACGCCCCUUAUGUGGGUUACCCAGACGAGAAAUAUUUCACACAACAUGACCUCCUGAAACGGGUACCACAAUCCUUCCUCAUCGUUUCAGCCGUCUCUUGUGUCCUUCUUUCAAUCGCGGUCACUCUGGUAAGCCGGCCGACAGAGGAAGAGAAGACGCAGCUUUCAGGCAUAAAACUCAAGUUGAUAGACAGUGACCCACUGUUAUUAGAACCUGAUGUUCAGCCUUUUAAAAUGGUCAAGAGCCCUCACUUUUGGGUGUUCUUCAUUAUCUUCGGUCUUGGCAGGUGCGAUUUCAUCUUCAUGAACUCGCUAAGUAAAGUCUUUGGAGAGUCCUUCAUCAACAAUGACCACUUCUUGGCGACCACAGGAGCAAUAGCCGGUCUCAUGAACGGGGGUGGCAGGCUGGCUUGGGGAACUCUUAGUGAUGUCAUAGGUAUUCAGAAAACAUUGAUGGUUCAAACAGGAGUCCUGACAUUGUUGAUGUUCACAUUCUACGCUACUAAAUUAGGAGGAGAGCCGAUGUACUUUGUGUGGGUGUCAGCAAUAAUCUUUACAUCUGCCGGCGGGUUCUCUCUCCUUCCUGCAGCUGCAAUGACUUUCUUUGGUUGCAAAAACACCAAGCUAAAGAUUGGUUUCCUUUAUAUCAGCCAGGGUGUUGGAGCAUUACUACAGGGUUUUUUGAUGCUGGGAUGGCACAUAGUCCUACAGUGGAAGGGAAUCAUGAACAUAUUCGGAUUCUGCUCCCUUCUUGCCUUCCUCUUCUCUUGCUUACUUCACUUUGUGUUAAAAGCUGUGCGGGAAGAACGUAUGAGCGUCCUCUCGAGAUUCACCAGAAUCCAGCCAUUUUCAGAGUAAAAUGAUAAAAUGACCUCUCCAGCCCCUUCGCUCAUCGCAAAGCCAUGUGGCAUAAUAAACAUUAGGAUCAGUAAAACUAAUUUAUUUCUUACUUAUAUGUGGUCAACUGGUCCAAUAAAUGUCUGAUUUUGGAAUGAGAAAUGAUAUUAGUUUGUAAAUAUGGGGGCUCGGUCUUCCACGAACCAUUUAGGCGACUAACGUAUAGAAUUUAAAGUAUAGACCUAUUAUACUGUAUAUAUGCCGUCCACGAAGUUUUCACUAAACUCUACACUUAUAAUACACAUCACAUAUUAUGCAGUUCAUUCACUUCAUUUAAUAUUUGUGGAAGACCCACCCCCGGAUUUAGGAUUAGGAUAUUUGAGAUAUGGUUAAAAUUAUAAAAUUCAAUUAUAGGAGAUAUUAUUAUUUGAGUUUGUAGCGUAUAUAUUUGACGCUUUGCCCUAGUCAGAGGGUCUAUCAUAUUGAGUUUAAAUUGAUAUUGGCUUUAUCUCCUCUGAGUUAUAUACAAAUAGCAUUAUUAUAUACAAAUAGAUACUAUUAUUGUAAAAUAGUUAAAUAUGCGGGCUAAACAUGGGUUCUUGUAGGAACGUUUCAGGACUAUAAUAAAAGCGGUAUAAAUUCUGAUGUUUUCAGCUUUGUAAAUAUCUUAUACGUUUUAAUUGUUUAUUUGUUGAAUAUUGAGUGAUUGUUUCGCAGAAAGCAUACAAUUUGUUAUUGUAAAAGUAUAAAUGUUUGAUAGCAAAAGGUAUAAAAUUUUAGAGCUUCAAGUUCAAGUCAUUAUCAAGUCAAAGUGAGUAAAAAGAUGAAAUGGAAAUGUAAUAACAACGAUUUUGUACAAGUU